AUGCGUACCGCCUUCUUUGUCAGCGCAUUGGCCAGCACUGCAUUUGCUGGUGUUGUCACCCAGAUCUCCGACGGUCAGAUUCAGGCUCCUACUACUGAGACUGCUCCCGCUGUUGUUGCAUCGUCCGCUGUCGAGUCGGUCUCGAGCGUCAUCGCAUCCAGCGUUGUUGCCUCCGUCUCUUCAGCCGUCGAGUCCAGCGUUGAGGUCUCUCCUAUCGCUACAUCCUCUGCACUCUCCACUCGCAUGCCCGUUCCCAUCGUCAACGCUACUGUGACCUCCGGAGCUUCUCUCACCACCAUCCCUGCAGCCGUUGUCCCUUCUGCUGGCCUCAGCACUGUCGUUGCCGGCGGCAACUCGACUGGAAACGCCACCAUCUCCUCGCACAGCUUGAAGGCUUCCUCCACCGUCACCUCUUCCACCAAGGGUGGUGCUUCGGGAACCUCUGCUGGAUCCUCUGCCAGCGCAUCUGCUUCUGGUAACGCCGCCAGCAGCUUCUACCAGUCUAACGCUGGUAUGUUCGGUGCUGUCGUCCUGGGUGCUAUGGGCUACCUCGCGCUUUAA